AAUUCGGGCUCCCGCAGGCGAGAACGCCGCCCCCGCCGCUCCUCCUCCCUUCCCCGCACGGCGGCUCCCGGCGCGGCCGUGCCCCCCGCCCCCUCAUCUCUGCGCGCCCCGGCGCCCGGUCUCGUCGCCUCCUGCCUCGAGCAUCCCUUGCCCCAUCCGCUCGCCAGCCGCUGCCCCCUCUCUCGAGCGCCGCCUCUCGCCGCGUUCCGGUGCCGGGGGCACAUCCCCGGCUGCUCUCCGGCGCCGACGCGGAAAACGUUUCCUCUUGGCGGUACCAGCGAGCAGGCGGCGCAGGUAGCAAAAUCCAGCCCCUGAAGAGACGCGGGCUUCAGGUGGCGUCACGCAACUGUCGUCGGCCUAGGCUCGGGGACGGGCGCGGUUCGCCAGAUCGACCUUCCCGACCGGCUUGCUGUUCAUGUGCUACAAUGGCAUCUCUGGGCCGAAGAGCCGGGAGCUACAUAUGCUCGGAGCUGUGCGGCUCGGUUCUGAACCAGAGGCGCUACUCGUCUUCGAGGGUGGACUGGAAGCCACUGCGGCCAAUGAUUCUCAAAAGGAUUAAGAGCCGGUCAAAAGAGUACCCAAUCAAGCGGAUGAUCCCGGUUGCAGAGGAGGUGGUCAGGGCUAGGCAGAUUGUCACUGAGGGCGUCUCCACACUGCUCAAUGUUGUUCCUGUGAAAUCAUGCAAGUUUUGUCCUGAAGUUCACAUUGGAGCGACGGGUCAUGAGAUGAAAACAUGCCAUGGUUUCAAGCGCAUGAUCAAGGACCGACCACAUAAAUGGGGUCCAGGCAAUUUGAAUGACAUCCUUGUCCCUGUUCAGGCUUUCCACCUAAAAGAAAUGUUUCAGGAUGAGAUAAAGCAUGACCAGAGGUUUGACUUCGCCCGUGUCCCAGCUGUGCUCGAGCUCUGCCAUCAGGCAGGUGCAGACAUACCUGAUGAAGUUUUAUACAGAAGUGAACAACUAUCUACAGCAGUCAGAGGCAACAGCCAACAACCUGCUCCUAUUUUGCCAGAUCAACUCAGAUAUAUAGGUCAGAGGACACUGGAUGCAUGGGAAAGCCUGAGAUUAGGUGUCACAAAACUCCUUUUGGUGUACCCAUCCAAAGUUUGUAAGCAUUGCUCUGAAGUGCAUGUCGGGCCAUCAGGGCACAAGGCCAGAAUGUGUGGAGUAUUCAAGUUUGAGGGCUGGAAAGGGAUGCACAAGUGGAAGAAAGCCGGAGUGGAUGACCUAGUUCCUCAGAAGAUUAUGUGGCAUCGGCGGCCUCAUGACCCACCAGUUCUUGUGGACAGUGGGCGGGACUAUUAUGGCCAUGCGCCUGCUGUCAUCGAACUCUGCAUGCAAGUGGGUGCAAGAGUACCCCCGAAAUACCAUUGCAUGAUGAAGACACACGGCUUAGCACCACCUAUUCAAUGAGACCAUGUCUUAUGGAGUUGAUUGCCUAGUUAGAUGUCUAUUUGGUGUUAUACAGGAACUGUAUAGAUUAGACAGAAGGAAAUUUCAAUGCCAAUAGUUAACAGUAACGACCAGCAAUGCAGAUACACCAUUUUGCAGAUUGCGAGUGUUAUCAGAAUUCAAAAGGUCGACUAUCAAAAUAAAUGAAUUCAGAAGGUCACUGCCGAACACAACUAAUGAUUUGAAGGUCCUCAGACAAUAAAGGGAAAAUUGUUUAUAAGUUGUAAAAAUAUUGCCAGGCUUGUUUCUCUAGAAUGGAGGUAUAGUCUGCUAUCUGCUCUUUAGUUACUCAACUCAGCUGCUGUAACAUCAUGUGUUGUCAUUCUUCACCUUGUUUUGCGUAAUCUUCAUUUUGCAAAGAGGAUUGCCUUGAUAUUUGCUUGUGUCACCGCAGUGCCGUAGCUUAGAAAUUUUUCCCCUCACUUAGUUUUUUGCCCUUCUCUGCUAGCCUUACGGGCAAUUUUUUUAUGUGCAAGCCAUGUAACCAUGUAAGAGCAUUUUCCAUAUUCUGUAUUGUAUGUAUACCCUUUUGCCACAUUUUACAAGUCGCAGUCAUUCUAUCUUACAGCCAGUCACAUUGGCUGCCUGACA